ACCCCCCUCCUCUCUCUCCUGGCUUCUCUUUUAUUUAUUAGAGGGAGCCUGGAGCUUCAUUUUACUUAACUUUGCAUGGUUCCACUCUCUCUCUCUCUCUCUCUCUCCAUCAUCUUUGAGAUCUCUCUCUCUCUCUCUCUCUCUCUGUGAACAGGAAGAGCCAUUCAUUGUGCUUGUGCAUGGAUGGAUGCUUCAAGUGCACAACAUCGCCAGGAAAUGGCUAGCCAAACCCUAGAAAGCAUGUUGGUGGGGGCAAAAGCACAGCAGGAGAAGAAGCCAAGGCCACAGCCAGAACAAGCACUGAAAUGCCCUCGAUGCGAAUCCACCAACACUAAGUUCUGCUACUACAACAACUACAGUCUCUCACAGCCGAGGUACUUCUGCAAAUCUUGCAGAAGGUACUGGACUAAAGGCGGAACCCUAAGAAAUGUUCCCGUCGGCGGAGGCUGCCGGAAGAAUAAGAGAUCGUCAUCUUCAUCAUCAGCAAAGCGGAGCCAAGAUCAAGCACUAAUCACACCCAAUCCAAGCCCUCUUUCCAAUCUCCCAAGCCUGGGCUACGAUUCAAGCGACCUCAGCCUCGCAUUCGCCAGGCUCCAGAAGCAGCAAACUGGGCAGCUAGGGUUUGACGAGCAUGAUCUUUCAAUCCUCGGAAACCCUAAUUUGAACCCUUCUUCUGCAGCUCCCAAUUCCUUCAUUGAUGCACUGAGAAGUGGCUUUCUUGAGACCCCAAAUGGGUUCCAAAGCUUGUACUAUGGGAACAUGGGGAAUGUGGCCAACGGGGGAAUCGGUGAAGAACUGGCAAUGGCAGCGCCGUUUGAAGAUAUGAGCGGCGGUGCGGCGACGACGACGGCGGUGGCGGUGACGACGGUGAAGCAAGAGAUGUGCAGCGGCAGGGAGGGAGAGAAUAAUAACAAGGUCUUGUGGGGAUUUCCAUGGCAGCUUGGUGGAGAUGGAAACAUGGUGGAUCAUAUUAACCAUGAUUCAGGAAGAGAGAGCUGGAAUAAUGGGAUCGCUUCAUCUUGGCAUGGACUUCUCAACAGCCCCCUCAUGUAGAUGCCAGAAAACAAAUUAGAAAACUCUCCGUGUUUGCCAAAAGGAUAGAGCUUUUUUUUUUUUUCUUAAUUUCUUGUCUUUUAAUUAUCAGAGACUCUCAAAUCUUAACUUAAUCCCUUUUUUGGGCUUGUUUGAAGGGAGUUUGAUUCAACUGAAUCAUCUCUAUUUCUUUCCCUUUUGUCUCUUCACUGAUUGAUAAUUAAACUAAUGAAAUGCCAUACUUAAUUCUC